UCUAUGCAACCACUUGUGCUUAUAUAUUCAUGCAUAAAUUAAUGUUUAGGCACCAUUCUGCAGGUAAACAAGAGAGACAUUACUUUAAGCAAGUGUAUUCUCUAUCUAUCUCUUAUUCUUUGCUCAAUUCUUGAGAAGAAAGAUGCAGAAGCAAACACUAUCUUGUUUUUUCUUGAUUCACCAAAGCAAGAUAUUAAUUAAAGUGACUCAUGCAUGCAAAAUGCAAAUGACAUGCCUUUUACAUAUUUCUUGCAGCAAACAAAUUAAUUUGGCCAUUUUUUAGGGAUACCCUGACGCUACUCCCUCUGCAUAUGCAACCUUUUCUUGCCUAUAAACAUAACGAACAUAUCAUAUAUGCUAACAAAACAGUAGGCAGUAGCAAGCUUGUUUUAACUAAUUUCCACCUCUUUAUUUAUCCCUUCAUAUGGCGAACCCAGCUGCGAUAGAUACCUUCAAACCAAAACCAGCAAACAGUAAAACCACCAAAUCCUUUAUUGAAAUGUCAAAAGUUGGCACUAAGAGUGCAGCAACUGCUGCAGCCAAUCUUGCAAACCUUCUGCCAACAGGAACAGUACUUAUAUUUGAAGCCCUUGUACCUUCUUUCUCGAAUAAUGGUGAGUGUGUUGUAGCAAACAAGUACCUCACCUUAGCAGUGAUUGCUUGUUGUUCUCUAGUUUGCUUCAUCUCCUCGUUCACCGACAGUUUCAUUGGGCAGCAAGACAAGAAGCUUUAUUAUGGUAUUGCCACCUUUAAAGGCAUAUAUAUAUUCAACGAUUGUGAUUGCAACGAUGGGAACGGAGAGGAAGAACUGGAUGAUAACCAGAAGGCAAAGUACAGAAUCACUGUGAUAGAUUUUGUGCAUGCCUUUGCAUCGCUAACGGUGUUCUUGGUUUUUGCUCUUAGUAGCACUGAUGUGCAAGAUUGUUUCUUUCUUAAAGCAGGAGCUAAUGAGAAACAACUGAUCAUAAAUUUGCCAUUAGGAGCUGGCAUUUUGAGCAGCUUUUUGUUCAUGAUUUUUCCCACUAAACGUAGAGGAAUUGGCUAUGGAGACACGACACCAUUGGGUCCUGAGAUCCAUGACCAUCGUUUUCAAAACCGGUCCGAUCUUUGA